GCUUCAGUAUUUACUGGAUGUGACAAGCAGAGAGAGGAGCGUUCUGCAGGGCCGCUUGCUGCCUGGCUCAAGUGGUGGGAGAGCUCCUUAACCCGCAGCCUCUCUGACCAUCCAGUUGGCAAAGACCCGCAGGCCAUGAGGACUGGCCAAAGACAGUGAGAGGACGUGAAAGGGUAAAUCCCUGAGCCCCGCAGUCUUAUUUCCUGCCCUGACGUCCCUGCAAACCAGCCCAAGGGUUAACCGUAAGCGGAUGCCUGUAUGGCUGCCUUACUGAUGCCACGCAGGAACAAAGGGAUGAGGACUCGAUUGGGAUGCCUGUCUCACAAGUCAGAUUCGUGUAGCGAUUUCACAGCUAUUCUUCCCGACAAACCUAACCGCGCUCUCAAGAGACUAUCCACAGAAGAAGCUACGAGGUGGGCAGAUUCCUUUGAUGUGCUUCUCUCCCACAAGUAUGGGGUGGCUGCCUUCCGCGCCUUCCUGAAGACAGAGUUCAGCGAGGAGAACCUGGAGUUCUGGCUGGCCUGUGAGGAGUUCAAGAAGACCAGGUCGACUGCAAAACUGGUCUCCAAGGCCCAUAGGAUCUUCGAGGAGUUUGUGGACGUGCAGGCUCCGCGGGAGGUAAACAUCGACUUUCAGACCCGAGAAGCCACGAGGAAGAACAUGCAGGAGCCAUCCCUGACUUGCUUUGACCAAGCCCAGGGAAAAGUACACAGCCUCAUGGAGAAAGACUCUUACCCCAGGUUCCUGAGGUCCAAAAUGUACUUAGAUUUGCUGUCCCAAAGCCAGAGGAGGCUCAGUUAGACCUCAGAUGGAGACUCUUGGAAAUCACUGGCUUUCCCCUCCCCUUGCUGCCAAGACCAUACUCUAAUGUGAAAUGUUGUAGGUGUUCAAAAGCGGUGGCGUUUGGGGUGGGAGGCUGGGGGUGAGGAGAAAAGGAAGGGCCAUGCCAAAGUAUGACCCACCUGCUGGAGCUCGGACUCUUCCAUGUACCCAUGUCUGUGUGUUGGUUAGUGGUAGCACCUUGCUGCUGUUACCCUUCCCUGGGUCAGCAACUUGCCCUUCAUAAUGCCUUGGGCCAUCUCCACUGAGAAGGCAGAUCUGCUGUGCUAGGCUAUCCUGUAAAUAAUGCAAAUGCCAUUUGCACACCCUCCACACCCUCCUCAGUUAGGGUUCCUAACUCCCCACUUGUUCUAUAUGCCUGGGAGGAACAGUUGGAAGACUAGCUCACAUUUGUGAUUUACUGUCACAAUAUAAUGGCCAUUCACAUGUGCUGGCACCUCACGGCUUAGGAGAGAGGUCCCUGUAGAAUCCCAGGUUUCUAGCACUGUCAUUGACAGGUGACCUCUGGGAGAGGGGGUGAACUCCGUGGAGUUGGCUGUUUCUCCCAUUUCCAUUGGACCAGUGUGAAAAGCUGUGAUCGUUGCCCAUCUUGGCCUA